AAAAUUGCCGAGCGCGCUCGGCGCGGCUUGCCAGUUCGCUCGCCGCAGUUUGGCGGCCGGUCGUGAGGAUGGUGCUUUCUGUGCGUGAACAAAGGGAAAAUAUUGUUUGCAAGUGUAAAGUAGAUGAUGUCGUCUGAGCCCACAAAAGUGAAGGUGGAAUACAUAAACGAGGACAAAACCAGCAAGGAAGGCAACGGCUCACAGUCGCCCCUAGCUCUCCUGGCGGCGACGUGUAGCCGGCUCGGCGCCGCCACCAUGGGACCAGAGCAGCAGCAAGAUAAUAAGGAUCAACAACAGCAUUUUAGUCCACAGCAACAGCAACAAGCUCAGCAACAGCAAGCGCAGCAACAGCAAGCGCAGCAACAACAAGCGCAGCAGCAACAAGCGCAACAGCAACAGGCGCAACAACAAGCGCAACUCAUACAGCAACAAGUGCAGGGCGAUGCGGCGACUAUUGCCGCGAUACAGCAACAGUACUUGCAGCAGCAGCAACAACAGCCGCAGUUGAGGGUUAUUAGCUCUGCUGUGGUGCAGCAGUUGAGGGCACAGGGUUUAUCGGGCAAUGAGUUAUCAGCAGCAAUAGUUAAUGCAGCGAAUUCUGUUCCAAAUGGAAUCCAAGUGCAACAGCCACAGGUUAUAUCGAUGCAACAGUUGCAGUCGUUAUUAGGAGGCGGCGUUGUGUCGGGUGAAGGGGCUACAUAUCAAAAUACGCCGCAGCAACUUUUGCAGAUACAUCCACAGUUGUUACAACAACAACAAGGAGUAUACGGCGGGUGCUUAGUAGGCGGCGUGGGCGGCGUGGCUCCCAUGCAGGCCGUCACUGUCGACGGACAAGAUGCGCUGUUCAUACCCGCACAACAUGCUCAGAAUUUCUCAGGCAUGGGUCAAGUCAGCCUUGUAAACGGCCAGUUGGUGCGGACGCCUGUCCUGCCCGCUGGCUUUCUACAAAACGUCAUGCAUUUACCCACCGCAGAGCAGCAGGCGACCGUCACCAUCCCGGGCACUAACCUUACCAUCCCUAUAAGCGCUUUGACGGGGAACCAACCCAUGAUUACCAUCCCGGGGUCGAACAUAUCUCUGCCGGGGCUUCAGGCCAAUCAGACCAUCACGAUCCCGACCAGUCAGGCGAUAUCCAUCCCGUGUAGUUCCGCCGGAGUCACGCCUGCCGACAAGCAGGCCAACGGGAAAGACAACAAGCCGCCCACCAGCCCCAAUGGACAAGGCGGCAGCGGCGGCAUCGCAGUCCGCGGCGGCGUGGGCGGCAUGGGCAUGGUGCCGGUGCAGGUGCCCGUCAGCGUGGCGAACGGACACACGGUGUACCAGACCGUACAUCUGCCCGUACACGCGCCGCAGCACUUGCAGAUAAUACCGCAGUUGCAACAGAUGCAAGCUCAACCUCAGAUGGCGAGUGUGUUAACACCAUCCGGACAAAUUCAACAGAUACAAAUAGCGUCACUGGCUAAUGUACAGCAGGGCGGCGGCGCGCAGGGCGGAGGGAACGCUGGCCAAUCUCCCGCCACCAUCACUCUGCAGGCGGUCUCGAACCCCAUGCAAGCGGACUCUGGGAGCAUGCAGCAGCAACAACCGUCCCAGACGAUUAUAACAAGCACUCCCACCGGCCAGCAAGUCACCGUCAUUCCCGCGUCGAGCAAUGUACGCGUCGCGAAUCUUGUACAGGUCCCGACGCUGGGCGUGGGCGGCUUGGGUGGUGCCGUGCAGUUGGUACCAGCUCUUGGGCUGCCAGGAGUACAGCUGGCUCAGUUGCAGCAGACACAACCUCAAGCUGCACAGCCUCUUAUAGGCCAACAAAUCCAGCAAGACCCAAACGAGCCGGGCAAGUGGCAAGUAGUGACGACGCACACGGCAAGCGGCGGCAGCGCCGCCACCACGCCGCAGCCCGCCGAGUGCGAGGCCGCCAAGAUGCGGCCCUCCAGCCCCGGCCAGGGCAAGCGGCUCAUGAAGAGGGUCGCUUGUACGUGUCCGAAUUGUGACCAGGGAGAGAAUAGACUCAUGGAUCGCAAGAAGCAGCACGUUUGUCACAUAGCCGGCUGCAACAAGGUGUACGGCAAGACUUCGCAUUUGAGAGCGCAUCUCCGCUGGCAUUCUGGAGAGAGACCGUUCCUUUGUAAUUGGCUGUUUUGUGGGAAGAGGUUCACCCGAUCGGACGAGUUACAACGUCAUAGGCGAACACACACAGGAGAAAAGAGGUUCGAAUGUCCCGAGUGCCGGAAGAGGUUCAUGCGGUCAGACCACCUCGCCAAACACGUGCGGAUACACACCAAGAAUAGAAUUACGGAGGUAGCAACAUCAACGCAAUCAAUGUACUCAGACUCAGGCGACGAUAGUUGCGACGAGAAAAUGAUGCUCACCAUAGAAACCGUUCACAACGAGGGCGACGGAGAAGACAAGAUGGUGCUUCGCCCCAGUCCCAAGAUGGAGCCCGACCACAUCGACAGCUAGGACUCGAGCAGCGACGAAUAGACACGUCGCUGUAAACAUUGGUGAUAGAAAACAUUUAAUGAAAAUUCCACCUUAUGAGGUCAGUCUUAAAGGUGUUUUUUCUAAUGCGUAGUUACCUACAACCCUAUGGGAGUGAGGUCGGAAUUUUAAAGUGAAGCUGUCUUUUGUUUUUUUGACAGUUGAUUUGUAUUUGUAUGACCAAGGUUUCGUCAAAUAUAAGACCAGUUUUAGGGUCUUUUUACCGGAUAUAAACAUCGAUAAAUUAGUGGUACAUCUCUAGAUGGCAAUUUUAGCUAUCGCUUUUGCGUAUGGUUCAUAAAAUUAAAUCUGUAAUGGCUGCCAGAUUAUUUGUCGAUGUUUUUAAUCCGCGUACUAUAAAAGUAAUCUUGGUACUUGAAUGUUGCAAUAAAAAGACAAAAUUAUGAACACAUGAUAAUUACUUCAAUUUUUGAAUUUUGAACCUAAAAGAUAUGAAGUUAUAAAACUUUAGGUUGUUAAAGAAUACGCAAGUGAAAAACGAGAUUAUCUAAGUAUUUAAUAUUUGUUAGUGUAUGUCGUAUUUUUAUAUGUAUUGUUGGAGGAAUUAUUUAUUGAACAUCAUUAUAAUUUGGAACCGCCUGUACGAGAUAUAAAUAUGAAUUAUUGGAAAGUUGGUAGCAACUAUAAACUUGUUUCUGAUUUCUGAGUAAAGAAGGGUUGUUUAAAACUUUUCUUCACGUUUACUUAGCUUAUAAGCUAGUCUGAGAAUUUUGUUGUUAAUUACAAUCAUACAUUUUGUGUAGUGUACUAUCACUAUGUAUGAAGUGGAGACAACAAAUUGGUGAACCAAAAGUUACCUGUGUGGUUGCGCAGUAGACGUUUUUACUGAAAUGCUACUGAGCAGCCAAACUACUGUCCCAUUCUUCAGAAGGCAUAAGACAAUAUUCAGAAGAUACAAUUGACAUGGCAUAUUAUCAGAAACAAGUUUCCGCAAUUUUAAACUCAGUCUUUAUUUGUAGAGAAACAAUUAUACAAUAGAUAAUGAAUUAUAACAAUAAAAUUUGCCAAGAUGAAUUAAUUGAAUCAAAGAUUUCUUCUCGUUUGUACAAACAUAAAUAUUGCUUCUUGCGGUCAGUUUAAACAUAGACGCAGUUCUAGCAUAAGUGCAAUUCCGUUUACCUACAAUAUUCACAGAUGGUACUUAUAAGAAUAACAUUAACUAUUUAAAUAUGUACAUUUUGCUUAGAUUUUAUUUUAAUAAAAAAAAUGAAACAGCAACAUUAGGCUAAUUAUUUGGCAAAAUAAAAUUGAUAUUAAGGAAUUUAUUGUUUUCAGUUAAAACUGAUUGUUAGGGAAAAUAUUUGUAAUAAAAAUUGUGUCAUAUUCGAAUAUAAAUAAUAUAGCAAUUGGUCUGUGAUCCCAAAUUUCGUGUAGUUGUGAUUCGUUAAUUUUGCUGUUUCGUUCGACGCAUUGUACUUACUUGUAAAUUGUAAAUAUCAUAUAAGAGAAUCUAAAUAAAUAUACAGCAAUUCAUUGUAUAUGUCUUGUUAGGUAUAUAAGAUAUAUUUUUGUACAUACUCUACAAAUGAAUAAUGCCAUAACAUAGCUUUUUAAAGUCAUUCCAGAGGGGACUAUAUUAAUUUAUUUAGAUGGCAUUGAAUUGUAAUAUUAUGCACAUAUAUUGGGAAUCUGAGGUGAUUUAUGUUGAAUAAGUCAGACUGGCUAUAUUAGCUAAUCUGCAUCUACUUCCUUACUAAUAUUAUUAAUGCGAAAGUAGGUUUGUCAGUCGGUCCGGCAUGCCAAAAUUACCAUACCGAUUUAAAUGAAAUUUGGUAUAGAGAGAGUAUAGCUAGAGUCUGAGAACAUUUUAUCCAGGUGCGGGAAGUAUUUCCCUCGUGGAACCACGGUUAACAGCCUGCAGGUACACUAUAGUUCAGUAAAAUUCGUAGAUUUAUUGAUAAAAUAAAAUAUACAAAGCACAAGGAAUUUCCUGUUAAUUCUCAAUUAGUUAUCUGGUGUAGGUAAAGAAAUAUUAGUAAACGUAGAACUUCUAAUACUAUAUUUCACCAAGCUUAUGUUAUAAUUACUUUUAUACAUUCACUGCACAUAUUUAGACAGGUAUUCUAACACCAUAUUUAUUAUUUUGAAACAAGCAAUUAUGAGAACAGUGAAAUGGCUAAGAAUCGAAAUAAAAAAAUUAUGAGUAGUAUUUAAAUAUUGAUUUGCUAAGAAUUGGAUUAUAAAGCGACUUAAAAUACGCACAAAUAUAAUUGUUAAUUGUUCAAAGUUUAAAUUCGAAAUUGUUUUAGAGGAGUUUGUAAUAUACUUAAACAAAUCCCGUGUCAUGGCGUGAUCAAUUAAAAGACUAUCCAAUAUUUCAAAACAAAAUUAAUAAAAGACAACAACAUUCACAAUUGUAAAAAAAAAUUCGCAUUUUUUUUAAUAACUAUCGAAAAUGCAAACGUCACAUUAAAAUUACCUAAAUUCUACUGCGAGAGAGAUACAGAUGCAUAAACUAUUUCACGGAUAUCACUAUGCGUCUUUUGCACUAGAAUCUGGAACUACAUACAAUGUGGCAUGUAGAUUCAAAUAGCAUUUCUAUAUGGGUUAUAUAUUUUUUGCAUGUAGGAAGGACCAUAAUUAUGUGCGUUUUACAUCGAAGCUGGGUCCAAUUUCACCGCUUAUUAUAUUUUAUCACUCUCUGUAAAUAUGUACUAGAAUAAAUUAUUCCCCUUCUCUGUAUUUUGUAAGUUGUAAAUAAUUUUAUUUGUUGAACGGUUAAAUAAAAUAUUUUUUAUAUUA